GAAGUGGAAGCAGAUAAGGCUGUGGCUGAAGCUGAAGAAGCAAAUGUUUCAAAGGAAAAAGAAAUUGUGCAGCAGCACCGCAGCGCAGCACUAGCGCUGCAGACAGAGGCGCAGCAGGAGUUUGAAGAGGCUUUACCGGCUCUAGAAGCUGCUCUCUGUAAACCCUAA